AUGGAACGCUUCACGAAUUUGCGUGUCAUCCUUGCGCAGGGGCCAUGCUAAUCUUCUCUGUAUCGUUCCAAUUUUAGUAUAUGUGCUGCCGAAGCGAGCACGAUUCGUGAUCUCUCCACAGCUCUAUUUAAAGGCUUAGCAAGACAAUAUUACCAGCAUAGGGUGAUUAAAGGUCGGUUUGAUAUGGAAUUCAUAAUGUGCCCCCCCAUGUUUUCCUCGGUCUCUCAGCCCCUCGUUUUCCUUAUAUUUCACCCAAAAUCUCCGAAAUCUGCCGAUUUUUUUUGCUAUGUCUGCCCGGUGGGUUCUGGGUAGUUUGUAAUGCUAAUUCGAGCCGCCGGCUGGCUCUCUGAGGGUGUCCGCGCUGGUGCCUGAGCGCGCGGCGCCGGCGCAGGACGGGCAGCCCUCAGGGGCGCCGGGGUCCUGGGGAGCGGCGGGAGGCGGCGGUGAGUGCGGCCGGACCGGGAACGCCGGGGAACGUCCUGUGGGAGCCCCGGGCCCCUCCUGUGACCCUUCCGCGAGUCCCGGCAACCUCCGGCACCUCCCCGUGCCCACCCCGAGUCCGUCCCUGGGACCCUCUCACCCACACUCCCCGCCCGCCGUAGGGCAGGACCGAGGCUGUCCCGUGUCCCCUCCGGGGCCGGGCCGGCGGGAUGGACCUGGCAUACGUGUGCGAGUGGGAGAAGAAGCCCAAGAGCAACCACUGCCCUUCCAUCCCCCUCGUGUGCGCCUGGUCCUGCCGCAACCUCAUCGCCUUCACCACCGACCUCCGCAAUGAGGAAGAGAAAGAUCUCACCCACAUGGUCCAUAUCAUUGACACUGAGCACCCCUGGGACGUCUACUCUGUCAACUCGGGCCACACUGAAGUCAUCACGUGUUUGGAGUGGGAUCAGUCAGGCUCCAGGCUGCUCUCAGCAGAUGCUGAUGGCCACAUCAAAUGCUGGAGCAUGACAGAUCACCUGGCCAACAGCUGGGAGAACACAGUGGGCAGCAUGGUGGAGGGGGACCCAGUGGUGGCCCUGUCCUGGCUGCACAACGGUGUCAAGCUGGCGCUGCACGUGGAGAAGUCUGGAGCCUCGAACUUCGGCGAGAAGUUUUCCCGGGUGAAAUUCUCCCCGUCGCUGACGCUGUUCGGUGGGAAGCCCAUGGAGGGCUGGAUUGCCGUGACCAUCAGCGGGCUGGUCACCGUGUCCCUCCUCAAGCCCAACGGGCAGGUUCUGACGGCCACCGAGAGCCUGUGCCGCCUCCGCUGCCGCGUGGCCUUGGCCGACGUCGCCUUCACGGGAGGGGGCAACAUCGUGGUGGCCACAUCCGACGGCAGCAGCACAUCCCCCGUGCAGUUCUACAAAGUCUGUGUCAGCGUGGUGAACGAGAAGUGCAAGAUCGACACCGAGAUCCUGCCGUCCCUCUUCAUGCGCUGCACCACGGACCCUGCGCGCAAGGACAAGUACCCGGCCAUCACCCACCUGAAAUUCCUGGCUCGUGACAUGUCAGAGCAGGUGCUGCUUUGUGCUUCCAACCAAAACAACAGCAUUGUGGAGUGCUGGUCCCUAAGGAAGGAGGGCCUGCCUGUCAACAACAUCUUCCAGCAAAUCUCUCCUGUGGUGGGAGACAAGCAGCCCAUGAUCCUGAAGUGGCGGAUCCUGUCUGCCACCAACGACCUGGACCGGGUGUCGGCCGUGGCACUGCCAAAGCUGCCAAUCUCCCUGACCAACACGGAUCUGAAGGUGGCAAACGACACCAAGUUCUUCCCUGGUCUGGGCCUGGCCUUGGCUUUCCAUGAUGGCAGUGUCCACAUCGUGCACCGGCUGUCCCUGCAGAUGAUGGCUGUGUUCUACAGCUCCUCCUCGCAGCGCCCCGUGGAUGAGCCAGCCCUCAAGCGCCCACGCACCGCGGGGCCCCUGGUGCACUUCAAGGCCAUGCAGCUCUCCUGGACAUCUCUGGCCCUGGCUGGUGUGGACAGUCAUGGGAAGUUGAGCAUGCUCCGCAUCUCCCCCUCCAUGGGCCACGUGCUGGACAUGAACAUGUCUCUGCGGCACUUGCUGUUCCUGUUGGAGUACUGCAUGGUGACUGGCUAUGACUGGUGGGACAUCCUGCUCCACGUCCAGCCCAGCAUGGUGCAGAACCUGGUGGAGAAGCUGCACGAGGAGUACAUGCGUCAGAACGCGGCCCUGCAGCAGGUGCUCUCCACACGCAUUGUUGCCAUGAAAGCAUCUCUGUGCAAGCUCUCCUCCAGCACCAUUGCCCGUGUGUGUGACUACCACGCCAAGCUCUUCCUCAUUGCCAUCAGCUGCACCCUGAAGUCACUGCUGCGUCCACACUUCCUCAACACCCCUGACAAGAGCCCCGGGGACCGGCUCACCGAGAUCUGCUCCAAGAUCACGGAUGUAGACAUUGACAAGGUGAUGAUUAACCUGAAGACAGAAGAAUUUGUCCUGGAGAUGACAACAUUGCAGUCCCUGCAGCAGCUUAUCCAGUGGGUGGGGGAUUUUGUGCUCUACCUGCUGGCCAGCCUUCCCAACCAGGGCUCCCCGGUGCGCCCUGGCCACAGCUUCCUGCGCGACGGCGCGUCCCUCGGCAUGUUCCGGGAGCUCAUGGUGGUGAUCCGCAUCUGGGGGCUGCUGAAGCCCAGCUGCCUCCCCGUGUACACAGCAACCUCGGACACCCAGGACAGCAUGUCCCUGCUCUUCCGGCUCCUGACCAAGCUCUGGCUGUGCUGUCGGGAGGAAAAUCACAUCACGGAACCUGAUGAUGCCCUGAUCGAUGAGUGCUGCCUCCUGCCCAGCCAGCUGCUCAUUCCCAACAUUGACUGGCUUCCCAUCAAUGAUGGCAUCAUCAGCAAGCUCCAGAACAAGCAGCUGGUUCGGCUGCAGUUUGGGAAGGCUCCCGGGCUCGUUGGCCACACUGUCUCUUCUCAGUUUGAUGCCUUUGUCAGGGCCCCUGGACAGCCCAAAAUUGACCACCUGAGGCGGCUGCACCUGGGUGCAUACCCAACAGAGGAAUGCAAGUCGUGUACCAGGUGUGGCUGUGUCACCAUGCUGAAGUCGCCCAACAAGGUGACAGCAGUGAAGCAGUGGGAGCAGCGCUGGAUCAAGAACUGCCUGUGUGGGGGGCUGUGGAGAAAGAUGCCCCUCAGUUACUCCUGAGCCCUUCCUGGGGUGCAGUGAGGGCCAAGAGCUGCACAGGUCUCUCUUCAUGGAGAUUUUGGGACAAGGGAAUGGCAGCUCCUCUCCCUCAUGCUGGAAAAACUGCUGGUGUUCGUCCUUGGUUGAGCUCUGCUGGAGAAAAGUUGAGUGAGCUCUGCUUCUUUUACCAGGGAAGAGCUGGGAAGGAAUGCCAGAGGUUUCCCCAUCAUUUGGGGCCCAGGAGGGGGAAACCUGGCUGUGUUUUGGGGCUGUGCCAGCAGAGCAGCAGCAUCCCGGCAGCUGCCCUGGCCUGGGCAGAGUGGUGAUGGGGCAGCUGGUGAGGAACAAAGUCCCAACUGAGGGGAGCACAUCUGGUACCUCACAUCCAUCCUGUGCCACAUGGGCUGGGCACUCCUGAUGCUUCAGCAAACACGUCCCUGAGACAUGAGUUGGCUCCUGUGUGCCCAUCAGUGUUGCAUGGGAGCAGGAAUGUGAGUGCUGCUGCCUGGAGUGAACCCUCCCUUUGCCUCUUGCUGUUGUAAAUAAAAAUCUUCCUGAUUUUGUACAGAA